AUGUACGCAACUGGACCCGGACGCGAACCGACCCGAAUGAUGCUCAAUCGGAGGAAAGUCAAGGCGAGGCGAAAACGGCGAAAGGAGUUGCUCUUGAUCCAAAUUUGCUUGUUCUGCGGGUUGCUUUUGCUCGUCAAGGGGUUUUCCUCCUUCGCGGAUGAUUCAGGUUUGUCCGUGUCCAGUCCCGAGACGGAUGAGGAGCGAUGGGGCGUCCGCAGGCUGCUCCAGGAAGCGGACAACGGUAGCCUGGAUUCUCUACAGGACGAGGGACCUAAAAACUGCACCGCCCCAGCGCUGCAUGAGUUCCCCACAGACCUGUUCACAAAGGCGGAGAGAGCGGAGGGGGCCGUCGCGCUCCACGUCCUCUGUACCAUCUACAUGUUCUGCGCUCUGGCUUUGGUCUGUGACGACUACUUUGUCCCGUCCAUGGAGAAGAUCUGUGAGCGUCUGGAUCUGAGUGAAGACGUCGCCGGGGCAACCUUCAUGGCCGCCGGCAGUUCUGCGCCCGAGCUCUUCACGUCAGUCAUAGGCGUUUUCAUCACCAAAGGAGACGUGGGAGUGGGAACCAUCGUUGGGUCCGCUGUCUUCAACAUCCUCUGCAUCAUUGGAGUGUGUGGAUUCUUGGCUGGACAGGCGGUGAAGCUUUCUCACUGGGCGCUGCUACGAGAUUCUAUCUACUACACCUUCGCCAUCGUGGCCCUUAUUGCUUUCAUUUAUGACGAGAAAGUCUGCUGGUGGGAGUCGCUGGUCCUUAUUCUCAUGUAUGCAAUCUACAUUCUUAUCAUGAAGUUCAAUGGAAAAGCACAGCGUUACUUCGACCGGCGAAAGAAGGGCUCCGUAAAUUUGGCCAACGGUCUGACGGGCAGCACGGACCUGGACGACGCUGUGAGCUGCGACGCCACCGCAGUGCUGCUAAAGAAAGCAAACUUCCACAGUGCCCCAUCGGUGCUGAUGGUGGAUGAGCUGCUGUCGGCAUACCCACACCAGCUGUCCUUCUCUGAGGCCGGGAUGAGGAUCAUGAUCACCAGCCACUUCUCCCCGCGCACUCGCCUCACCAUGGCCUCACGCAUGCUCAUCAACGAGAGACAGAGGCUGAUCAACACCACAGAGACCCGCGUGAGCCGCUUUUCUAACGGGGACUCGGAGGCGGGCCCCAGACCUCAGGGCCGGUGGGGGCUGGAGAACGGCAUCAGCGCCAUAGAGCAGGGACUGAACGGGAGGUGUCGCCUGCAGAGGCUCGAGUCCAACAACGAGACCGAGAACGAGGCCGACGACAACAACGAGAACGAGGGAGAGGGAGAAGAGGACGGCGGCGGUGGCGGCCCACUGGUACCCUUCAAAGUGCCAGCUGGUUGUUGUAAUAAGCUGAAGUGGAUGUUCAUGUGGCCUCUGUCGCUGCUGCUGUUCUUGACCGUACCAAACUGUGCCAAACGGCGCUGGGAGAGAUGGUUCUUGGUCUCCUUCUUCACCGCCACCCUUUGGAUCGCUGGCCUCUCCUACAUCAUGGUGUGGAUGGUGACUGUCAUUGGUUUUACACUGGGCAUUCCUGACGUCAUUAUGGGCAUUACUUUCCUGGCAGCGGGCACCAGUGUCCCGGACUGCAUGGCCAGUGUCAUCGUGGCAAGACAAGGUCUCGGGGACAUGGCCAUCUCCAACUCCAUCGGCAGUAACGUGUUUGACAUCCUGGUGGGACUGGGGCUGCCCUGGACUCUGCAAACCCUCUGCAUCGACUACGGCUCCAGCGUGCAUCUGAACAGCAGGGGACUCAUCUUCUCUGUGGGGCUCUUAUUAGCAUCAGUAUUCUUUACAGUGGUGGGGGUCCAUUUAAACAAGUGGACCCUGGACAAGCGGCUGGGCCUGGUCUGCCUGCUCCUGUACGCUGUGUUCCUGUGCUUCUCCAUCCUCAUCGAGUUCAACGUCUUCAUUUUCGUCAACCUCCCCAUGUGUCUCGACAUCCACUGA